AUGUGUACGGUCUCCUCAACUCCUAAUGAUAGCAAAGAAGGAAAUAGAAAAAAAAGGAAUCUAGUCUUUAACAGAUUAAGGAAAGUUUUCAAAACUAGAAAACUAAAACAAAAAAUUCGUUCGGCAACAUUAAGUAUUGCAGAAAUAACUCAUUCUGGACAAGGAGAAAUAGACAUUGGAUCACCACCACCUGUAGACGAGUCCUUUUUCUUCGAAAAUCUUGAAUCUUUAAGAGGUGCGGAAAUUGAUGGACAUAACAUACUGGAGGGAAUAUGGCACACAGUGAGUGUUGCAGAAAUGAAAAUACUUACAGAAAUGGAGAAUGGUAACGUACCAGAAAGAGAUGGUAUUCUUUUUCCAGAUUUUGACGAUAGAUUUAGAAGUAUUGCGUUCACCUGGGCUUGUAUUCGUGGAAUACCAAACGUUUUAGCCGGACUAGAAGCCUCUGGAGCAGAUAUCAAUAAUGUCCUAUUUCAAAAUGCGUCUGCUGGCAUGUUUGCAGCUUAUUCUAAAGAAAGUGCUUGUCUAAAAUUCCUUAUUGAGAAGGGCGCAAACUUGAAUUACGUCAGUCCUCUUUAUGGUCACUGUGCUUUGCACUCAGCUGCAGUUGGCUGCAGUCUUGAAAAUGCCAAAAUUCUUUUAGACAUUGGUGGUGACUUGAAUAACGUAUCAAAUAACCCACACAUGAUCCCACUUUUGCACUACGCGAUUAAAAUAAAAUCAGAAGAAGUCGCAGAAUUAUUCAUCGGGCGAGGGGCCAGCCCCACAUACAAAAACGUCAGUGGAGAAACUCCCCUUCAUGUGGCUUGUGGUGUCCAAUCUCUAAAAUGUUGUGAACUCUUAUUACAGAAACCGGAAGUUGAUAUAAAUGCUCUGGAUGAGAUGAAUAGGACUCCUUUGCAUUAUGCCACAAUGGCUGCUGAUUCAAAUAUCAAAAUAAUAAAACUAUUAUUGAAACGUGGUGCGCUAGUUAACCCAAUAGAUAAAAACGGAUUUUCCCCUCUUCAUCUUGCAGCCUUAGGAGAACAAUCAGAGUGUGUUGAAAUGCUUAUUAUGAAUGGUGCUGAUGUCAGUGCAACGACAAGCAAAGGAGUUUCAGCUUUGAAUAUCAUUUUACGAAAAAUACCAGAAUCCCUUGAAGCGUUUAAAAAGAAAAUGGAUUCUUCUAUACUAAUGAAACGCCCAGGUUGUCAAAACAGGGAAUUUGAAAUAAGAUUCGAUUUCACUACUCUUCUUCCAGGUGACGACAGACCCGAAACUACUUUUAUCAACUCCUUCGUAAACGAGAAUCUGACAGAUCUUUUACCUCAUCCUCUAGUCAGGGCAUUUAUCUACCUAAAGUGGGAAAGGAUAAAAAAGUUUUACCUUCUCAAUAUUUUUUUGUAUACACUCAUGUUAAUCUUCAUGAGUACUUAUGCAUUAACUGCUUUAACUUAUGAGUGUUACAAUUUCCAUCAGGAAAAUAGUGCCAGCAAUAAUGAUGAUAAUGUUAUUUGUUAUUACUUUGACAAACGAUUUGUUGAAUUUGAUUGGUACGUUUGGUUGGUUUUCGUUUGUUUGAUGAUACCGAGAAAAAUUCUUAGUUUCAUGAUUUGUGAGAACUAUAAGGAGUACCUUUGGAAUAUGGACAACAUUCUGGACACUAUAGUUAUUGUGAGUGUAUUCACUACGUCUUUUAUUUAUACAGGAAAAACUUAUGAUUGGCAGAAACAUACAGGUGCUUUUUCUGUUCUUUUUGCUUGGACUAACUUGAUGUUUAUGAUUGGUCAACUGCCAGGAUUUGGGACUUAUGUUGCGAUGUUUACUCAUAUUCAAUUUGAAUUUGCAAAACUUUUGUUUGCUUAUUCAGGACUACUUAUUGGAUUUGCUUUGAGCUUCUUUGUGAUUUUCGAUGGAGAACCGUCUUUUGCAAAUCUAUUAACCGGAUUGAUCAAAAUUCUAACAAUGAUGACUGGAGAACUUGACUUUGAGGGACUUACAAAAUAUCCAGAAUGGACUGAAAGUGGUUACAUGCUUGUUAAUCGCCCAUCAUCUGUUUUCUCGCAAAUUCUUUUCAUCCUUUUUGUCAUUUUUAUUGUUGUCAUUUUAAUGAACUUGCUGGUUGGUAUAGCUGUGCACGACAUAAAAGGUUUACGAGAUCAUGCAGUUCUUAACAGAAUAAUUCGAACGACGAAAUUGAUUGUCUCCACGGAAAUGGCAGAGCGAAAAAUAAGACUUUCCUCAUUUCUUAAAAGAUUAAUAUCCAAUAAAAUAGAUUCUCAAAUUCGAAAACAUAUUCUUCUAGUGAGACCAUUAAAUCCACUCGAAAAGAGGCUUCCAAGAGAAAUUCUUAAAGAAGCUUACAAAAUUGCUCAAAAACAUAGUUCAAUUCUGGACGAUGAAUAUACAGAUUGUAACGAUCCUGUUCCUAACAUCCCAAAAAAUAAAGAAGAGGAUAUAGAUACUACUUUAGAAACUGCAGUUGAGAAACUUACUUCGCAGUUUAAAAUUAAAGCUGUCCAAAUUUUCGAUGUCAAACGCCAGUUACGCGAAACUAAAAGAGCGUUGGAACAGAUCCUGUUAAAAGUAUCGUAG